AGUAAAAAUCAGCUGGCUGUCAGUGGAAAGGCCAGCGAUGGUAGAAUCGAGGGAAGAAAUCGAGGAUUGCCUGACCAUGCCAAUCCAUCACCAAAUGAGACCUGAAGAAGCAUCAGAGGUUCUCGUGAUUCUUCAAACCAUUGUUGCACGUCUGAAUUCUGGAAGAAGUGACUUCCAGGACAAUCUAGAGUGAAAAGCAUCUUGAUAUUAGUGACGGCCGUAGCGUUCCGUAGUAUGACUUAGCUUGUGUAGGUGAGAACGGCUCUGACAACAGAAUGACGAAAGCUGGAGAUCCGUCUUCCACGGCGGACCAACGAGCGGAAAGGCCAGGAGGCGUUGAACCGUCUGCCACGCCGCGAUCGUCGUCGAGUGGUAAUCUGGGUUCAGCAAUCCCUAGUCCUGUAGUUAAGCAACGGUUACUCUUCCAGUCACCGCAACGAGCAUCGGAACUGCUUACAGCGAAGGAAAACGGUCCUGGCAAGGAGGGAGACUCUGGUGUUCCAGUUUCACCCAAGCCUGGCCUGAAACUCCCAGGUUCGGUUAAUCUCCGAGCCUCGUGGACACCUUCGUCUCGCCUUCCGUCAAACCUUCCACGUAGAUCAGCUUCGGGUCAUGGCUCGGAGGAGGGUGGGGAGCUGAGCCGGACCAGUUCAGCAAGCUCGGAUGCCGGAAGCAGGCUCGGGGCGGAAACGCCGGGAAGGAGCAGCAUGACUGACGCCGCGAGUGCUAGUAGAAUUCAUUUCGCUGGCGGGGGAAAGGCGACUGGAGUCCUGCGGCCGAGUAACCACACUGGCGAGCAGGCGGCCUCUUUGGCUGCUGACGUCAAACCCGAACGGAAGACGAACCUUGGGCAGGAGCAGCGCCAGCGUCAGCAGGAUACACCGCGCCAGCAGCAGCAGCAGCAGCAGCAGCAGCAGCAGCAGGCCGAGCAGCACGCUAGCACUCCUGGUGGCAGGUUCGGCUUCAAAUCCCCCUCAUUGCAAAAUCAUGGGCAGAACGACUCGCAGCCUCCGCCGCCGCUGCCGGUGGCGCACCAGCAGUUGAAGCAGCCGCAGCAGAGCCACAACCAGCAGCGGGGUCAGACCCAGACGGGGGAACGCACUUUUGGAAGCUUCUCCGCAGGUGGGAACGGGUCUGACAGGCGGCUCAGUUUUGGAAGGGUGGAGUCUCAGCAUAGGGCGAAAGAGACGACAGGCGCGGAGAGGAAAGGCGCAGGGGGAGGUCGGGAGGGAGGUCAGCGCGCGAGCGAGGGGGAACAAGCGGAGGAGGCGGAAAGACAGAUGGAGAUUGAGAGGGAGAGGGAAGAGGAGAGGGAGAGGGAGAUGCAGAGAGCGAGAGAGAGGGAGGAGAAGGAGAGGGAGAUGCAGAGAGCGAGAGAGAGGGAGGAGAAGGAGAGGGCGGAGAGGGAAGAGAGGGAGAGGAUGUUGAGGGAAGAGAGAGAGAGGGAGAGAAGGGAGAAGGAGAGGAGAGCGCAGGAAGAGAAAGCAAGGCGAGAACGAGAAGAGAAGGAGAGGAUUGAGAGGGAGAGAGCUGAGCGGGAAAGGAAGGAAAAGGAGAAGGUCGAACGGGAGAGGAUGGAGAGGGAAAGGAAGGAGAGGGAGAGGCAGGAGAGGGAGAGGCUCGUGAGGGAAAGGGUGGAGAAUGAGGAGAGGGAGAAGCGGGAGAGGUUGGAGAGGGAGCUGGAGGAGCGGAGAGAGAAGGAGAGGCAAGAGGAGCUGGAGAAAGUGAGACAGAGGGAGCGAGAACGGUUGAGAGAGGUGGAGCGAGAGAUGGACCGGCAGAAGCAGCUGCGAAUAAAGAAGGAGAGGGAGAGGGAGAAGGAGAGGGUUAAGGAACGAGAAAAGGAGCGGCAGAGGUUGGAGGAAAGCGAGAAGGCGCGGGAGAGGGAGAGGGAGAAGGAGAGGGAAAGGGUGAGAGCGGAGCAGAGGCAGAGGGAGGAGGAACGGCGGUUGAGGCGGCAGCAGGAGCUCCAGAGGCGGAAGGAGAGGCGUGGGGAUCAGCUGUCGGUGCACAUGGGAGAUCCUCUUCGAGUUCUCUCCUGGGCUGCUGGAGCGGGAGUGCGUUCUGCUUCGCUCGGGGAAGAUUCCAGCUCGUUUGGCACACCGUUUAAGGCGGUCCUAGAUGAUUCCCAGGUGCUGCAGCAGUGGGUGCAGCGAGCAGCUCUCUUUCAUAGCAGGCUGGGGUUUGGCGUGGCACCAGCAUCACCAGCUGUAGCUGACGUGGUGCCACCAUCAGCUGUAGCAGACUUCUGGCGAGGUGUUAGUGCAGCAGUGGAGGCUGCAGAGGAUGUGGCUGUAGCGGGGGGUGAUGAGCAGCAGGAGGGUGUGACUAUAGAGGCAUAUGAUUUAGCUGCAGUGCGGCAGUUGCAAGAGAACGCAAGGAAGCGAGUGGCAGCAGCAGAGGCGAUGGCUCAGCAGGGGGCGGCCUUUGAGUCCACGUGCGAGGCAGCUGGGAGAGGGAGUGAGGAGGCAGUGAGGGGCGCUAUCCAGAAGCUGAUGGAAGUCGUUGCCACUCACGGCCUUGCCCUGCAUAGGCUCUCCUCCUCCUCUUCCUCCUCCUCCUCCUCCUCCUCCUCCUCCUCCUCCUCCUCCUCCUCCUCACUCACUCUGUCUGCUGCUCCUUUGGUUCCCACAACAGCCGCUGCUGCAGGGGACAAAACAGCCGCUACAGCCGCUACAGCUGCUACAGAUGGUACAGCCGGGGAAGGGCAGUGUGAGUGGGAGGAUCCUUUGGUUGUAGCAGUAGGAGGCGUGGUGGGAGCUGCGGCUGCGGCGCUUAGGAGCUGGCUAAGUGAUCUAAGGGAGGCCCGGGAUGUGCUUGACGUGUGGCGCCAUGAGCUGGCACGCCUGCACUCGCGCCUCGUCAGCGUUGUCUGCCGCUCCCAGCUGACGUCAGCAGCGCAGAUGACGUCAGCGCAUGGCCGCACGCCGUGGCAAUCGGCGUCGCCAGCUCAGCUCGCCGGCCAGGACCACAAGAUGGGUCCUGCUGACGUGGCAAUGGCGUCUGCAUGUGCUUUCUUGGACCAAGCCAUAGAUAUUCGACAGCAGCACGCGGUGUGGGAGGAGGCAAUGGCAGAAGCGGCUCUGGUGUGUGCCGUGGAAGGUUCCUCGGGCGGUUUCAACAGUGGUGCUGCGGACCUGGACAGGUGGAGGCGGUUCCUAGAGCCACUCACAGACAGCCACGUGGCAGACGUUCUUGAAGGCCACCUUGCCAGCUGGCGGGCGGCACAGAGCAUCUACUGGGCGGCAGUGGAGGGAGAGGAGGAGGCGAUGGCGGGCCUUCUGCAGGCGAGACUGGGGGAGGUGCCAUCUGCCAUGGGGAGGCUGCAGCUGCUGGCGCAGUGCUCAGGAUUUACUGCACUUCCUAGGGUCUCGGCGCGCCUGCAGCACGAUCUGCAGCAGAUGCUGCACGAGGUGGCAACAGAUGUGCAAGCAUUAGAGGAGCAACUAUGGCACCCAACAGCAUCCUGCCACGUGUCCUCUCUCGCCCAGCUCAGGGGCGUGCCACGUGUCGCCGCCUCAGUGGCUCGCGCCAAGGCCAUUCACGGAAAGCUGAGGUCCCUAGAUGCUGCUCUGCACGCGCUGCUGGGCGACAGCUGGCGCAGCGGGAUUGGCCGAGCGGGAGGGAGAAGCAGGAGGGGGAGAGGGGCGGGUGGAGUGACUGUCUACCAGUGGCUGCAAGAGAAGCUCUCUCCCGCCAGCAGUGACACCAGCAGCAGCAGCAUGACUGCGGAUGCGGCAGAGGAGGCCCUCAGGAGGCCCGUGCUCGCUCCCUGCUCUACGCGUGCUCCUCUCGCUGACGUCAGCAACACGGAUGGGGAGGCGGAUCAUGCGGAGCCUCUGCUGCGGCUGCAGGUGCAGUACAAGGAUAGUCUUCUCCAUUUAAGUGAAGAAGUGCGCACCCUCCGCGCCUCUGGCUUCCACAUCCCCCACCACCUCCUCGCCACGGCCCUCUCAGCCUCUGCCGCUGCCUCCUCCGCCUCUACUAUCUCAAGAGCUCUCGAGUCCUUUGCUGAUGUCAGCGCUGGCGUCAGCAAGGGCGUGCUGCCGCUGGUGGCGGCGUCAAGGGAUGCCGUCUUGGGGAUACUGCAGAGUGGUCAGGGAGUGGUGUGGGAGGAGGAGGACGAGGUGGAUGAGUUCGCAGUGUGCCUGUGGGAUGCCGUGGAGGCGUACGGGGCUGCUGUCACAGCUGCCAGGGAAAGGCACGAAGCUGCUUGGAAGUGCUUGAAGGGGCUGCAAGCAUGCAGAUACAAGGACUUGCCAACUCAUCUCCGCCAGCUGGCGCACGCGGUGAUUGCAGCGAUCUCCCGGCCGCCGCACCAUGCUGCCAUGUCAGCCGCCACAUCAGCAGACUGGCAGCGUGAGGUGGCUGCCACGUGGGCAGCCCCUCUGCUGAUGCAAGCACAGGCGGUGCUGCAGCAGAAGCUGACGUCAGCGCUCUGCUGCUGGUUGAGGAAAUGGAAGGACGUGAUUGGAGGCUCUCCUGCUGCUACAACUGGUGCUGCUACUGCUGCUACAACUGGUGCCGCUACAGUAGCUACAGCUGCUACAGCUUCUGCUGCCGCUUCCAGGCCUGGUUUGAAUUCUGCUGGGGAAGUGAUAAGGGAUGGGGAGUCUGACUGUGCCUCUGAGGCCGGUAGUCUGCGCCUGGUUGUGAGGGAGAUCGAAGACGUUUUGCUGACGCAUGGACCCUCCGUUGCAAGAGAAGAGCGAGCACAGAUGGCAACAGACGCAGCAGGGGUGGCAGGGGUAGUGGCUGGUGCGGGGACUGCAGAGAGGAGAGCAGGGGAAGUUCCAGGGGCGGGCUCUUCUAGCCAGGGAAGAGGAUAUGCAGAUGUGGAGUCUUUUGUCGCGUACUUGCUGAAGGAACAGGAGUGCCAGGUUGGGGCCUUGACGCACAGAGUGAGUGUGCGGCAGGUCGGGUCGGCAGCAGGCAGCAUUGCAGCAGUGGACAGCAGCAGCAGUGGCAGCAGCAGGGUGGUGGACUUAGAGCUUCACGUUCAGCCUCCUCUGUCGCACUCCCAGCAGCGGCUGCGUGACUGCGUCCACCAGCUGCUGUCUCCAGCUCUCUCUGCUGCUGCAGAGGCAAACAGUGUCCUGGCUUCUGCUUCUGCUGCCCUGCAUUUCCCCUCCUCGGGCGUCUUUCCUGGUAACCCUGGUGAUGUCACUCCUGCAGCUGCUGGUAAACCUAGUGACGUCAGCAGCAGCAGCAGCAGUGGUGGUGCCGGUGCUGGUGGUGACAGGAGCAGCGUCAGCACGGACAGCUACCAUAGCACUGCAAGAGGCAGCGCUAGUACCAGCAGCCUGUUGGUGGUGAGGUGUGAGGUUCCAGUGAGGCUGGAGGCGUGUGCGUAUGGGGUGGUGGAUGCCCUGGUAGGGGCGGCAGAGGGGUGGAUUCAGGAGUGGAGGAUGAGCGCUUCUGCGGCGGAGAUGAGGCUAGAGAGGUGCUCUCGUGCUGCUGCUGCUGCUGUUGCCGCCGCUUCGGCUGCCGCUGCUUCUGGCGCUGAGUCUGGUAUGGCUGCUGCUGCUGCUGCUGCUGCUACCAGUUCUUUUGCUGACGCUUCUGCUGCUGGUGCUGCUGCUAGCAAGGGCCCUUCCUCCUCUCUCUCCCCCUCUCCUACUGCUCUCUGGCGUUCCCUCAUAGUCGAAAUUCAGCAGGUUCGGAACCAGCUGGCUGCCAAACCUGCGGUGGUUAGCUUCGGCGGAGCCGACCAAACCUCGUUCCUAGCCUUGGACGCAGGCUCGGUGAGGGAGGCGCUGGUGGCUCGGUGUGAGGCUUGGAUUCGAGCGGCUGAGGAGGAUAUAGAAGGGAGGGCGGUAGGGGGAUGUAGGGAGGCGAUUAAAGAGGUAUUUGAGCUUAAGGAGAUUUUGGAGGGAAUUAGGAGGGAUGCAGUGGGAGAGGUCGAGGGGAGAGGAAGGGAGCGGAUGGGAGAGAGAGAGGUGGGCGUGAGGAGCAAGGGAGAGGGGGAAGAGGAGGGGCAAGCAGGUGCGGGUUGUGGUGGUGUUGGUAGGAGUGAGGGGCUGUCUGUGGAUGUGAGGAAGCUGAUAGAGCAUCUAGAGAGAGUGAGGGAGGCGGAGAGGAGGGUAGUGGAGGUGAGUGAGAGAGUGGAGAAGCUCAGGCCUCUGGUGGAAGCUGCAAUUGCCAGGGGAGGGGGAGGUGAUGCGGGAACGGGCAACAAUGGUGACAGUAGCAGACGUGACAGUAACAGAGCCAGCUGCAGUGGUGGCAAUAGCUGCAGUGGGGGCGAAAGCAUCACUGCAGGAGUUGGGCUGGGACUUGUGCUGGCAAGCUGGAAAGAGCUGGAGAGCGAAUGGGGAACUCUAGGUUGGGCAAGAGAGGCUGUUAUGGGAGGGACGGAAAGAGCAUCAUCAUCAUCAUCAUCAUCAUCAUCAUCAUCAUCAUCAGCAGCAGCAGCAGCAGCAGCAGCAGCAGCAGAGGGAGUAGAGGUAGCAGCAGGGGAAUCCCCCAAUGGCAUAGUCUUCCUUCGGGGCCUUGUGAGCGUUCAGGCGUUAUCUGCGCUGCAGGUGCAUGUGGGGGAGGUGGGAAGGAGCAUGGACGAAACAGAGACGUGGUGGGCUGCUGUUAUUCCCACCAGUGGGGACUGUUCCAGAGGGAGGGCUGCUGGUGCGCUCGUGCAGUGCGCACGCAUGGUGGGGCAGCUUAAAACGAGGAUAGAGCUCGUGAGGAACGUGAUCGGGUUGAUUGGCAGGGAGGGGGGGGAUGAGGACGAGGAGGUUGGCAGAGUGGAGGAGAGAUUGGUAAGGGUGGAGGAAGAGGCAGGGGAUAUGCAGCACAUGUGGCUGCUUCUGAACCGUCUCUUAGACGCGAUUGCGUCGGUUGAAGGGAUUAGGGUAGCAGAAUUCAACCCCGAAUCGGACCUCACCCCUCUGCACUCCGCCUUAGGCGAUUUGAACCGGGAGGAUGAGAUUUCCGGCCAGCACGGCGCGUUCCGGGCGGUUCAGUCCGCUGCCCAGAAAUUAAUCGCCAGCCUAGGUUUGGUGUCGAAGCUAGUUAAAGCCUCGCUUCAGGAGGCCCACUGGAGGGCCCUCGCCCGAGCCUUGGGUUUCCAAGCCAAGGGCGGGCUCGGCGCCGGAGGUGCUCUCCAGGUCCGGGAUCUGGUUCGGGCGCUGGGAGGCUUGGAAGGCCGAGCGGCAGCGGAGCAGGUGUUAUCUGCCGUCCAGGGGGAGGUGGCACUCAGGCAAUUUAUGGAUAAGGUAGAGAAAGAGUGGGGGGAGCAGGAGUGGCAGCUCAAGGGGUUCAGAGACAAGUGGAGAAUCGUGGGGAAUCUCGGACUGGUCGGGGAGAUGGUUCUAGAGCAUCUGAGCAUGCUGGGAGCGAUGAAACAGUCGCCAUUCUUCCCGCCGUUUAGAGACGCGGUGAGGGAGUGGGAGGGGCGGCUGGGGGUGUUGAGUGAGCUGGUGGACGCACUAGCAGACGCGCAGUCCAAGUGGGUCCGUUUGGAGGCACUCAUGGCGUCUCCAGCCGUCCGCUCCAUGCUCCCGGACACCCACCGCGCCUUCCACGAAGCUUCCCUCCCAUUCACGGACUUCCUGGGGUCCCUCGCCGCCCACCCGCUUGCGAUCGACCUGGCGAGCCUCGCGGAGAAGGACGGCGGCACCGGGCGGCGGGUUUUGGCGGUUUGUGCGGAGGUGUUUGGGCGGGUGUUGGUGGAAGUUCAGGCGCAUCUGGACAAACAGAGGCGGAUGCUCCCGAGGCUCUACUUCCUGGGGGAUGACGACCUCCUGCAGCUCAUCUCGGCCUCACCAUCGGAUCUCUCCGCGAUCCACGUGCACAUUCGCAAGCUCUUCACUGCGGUCUCGGGUGUCGAAGUGUCCACAGUUUCUAAUGACGGCACAGCAUCUACACUGUCUACAGCGAACAAAGUGUUGAUCACAGCAGCUCUAUCAGACGGGGAGAGGCUGGUUCUGCACAAACCAGUGGAGCUAAGUGAUGGUGCUGCUGCCACGUCAGCAGGUGUCACGUCAACGGAUGCCACGUCAGCAGAAGCGGCGGAAGGCCAGAAGCCAGCAGGAGCCACCAAGUGGCUGCUGGACCUUGACGUGGCGCUCAGGACCACUCUGAGCGACCUGGUUGUGUCAGCCGUUGCUGAGCUGGCAGCCUGUGAUUGGCUGGUGACUGCUGGAGCGAGUAGGGAUGGAAGGAGCGGGAGUGGAGUUAAGGUGAGCGGUAGCAGCAGUAGGAGGAAUGGGGGGAGGUUCCUAGAGUGGCUGUUCAAGCUGCCGCUGCAGCCGGCGCUGCUGGCUCUGCAGGUGAGCUGGACCUCCCUGGUUGAAGGGAUCCUGGCAGGAGAGGGAGGAGAAGGGCAGAGAGGAGGAGGAAGAGAGGGAGCAGUGGAAGAGUGGGAGAGUGGAGCAGGAGGAGGGGAGGGGUGGAGGGGAGAAAGCAAGGCAGCAGAAUUGCAGAGGCUAGUGCUAGGGCUGGAAGGUCUGCUGCAGUGGCUGGCUCGGGCUGUGAGAGAAAAGAGAGAGCUGGCUGCUGGGGGAGGAGGAACAGGGGGAGUGGCAGGGGGAGCAGGGGGAGCAGGGGGAGCAGGGGGAGCGGAGGGUAACCUGAUGGAGGUCAAGUGUGAGGCGGUGAUUACAGUGCUGGUACACCUGCUGGAGAGCAGCAAGGGGCUGCUGAAGCAGCACCAGGAGGAGCAGGAGCAGGAGAGCGAUAAGGAGAAACAGCAGCAGCAGCAAAAGGAAGAGAAGAAGCAGCUCGGGCUCUCCCUCUCCUCCUUCGCGUGGCGCAAGUGCCUCCGCUACUAUCUCGACCCGUCCCUCCCUCCCCUCCACCGCCUCUCAGUUCAAAUCGCAGACGCCUCGUUCACAUACGGGUUUGAAUACUCCGGCUGCUCCCCCUCUCUCGUCCGCACCUCCCUCACCGACCGCUGCUUCCUCGCACUUUCCCAGGCGCUCUGGCACGGCCAGGGUAGCGCUCUGAUUGGCCCAGCUGGCACCGGGAAGACGGAGACGGUGAAGGCGCUCGGGCGGCAGCUCGGGCGGCCGGUUUUGGCGUUGUCUUGUGACAGGAGCUUUGAUAGUGCGGCUGUGGGGAGGGUGCUGGAAGGCGUGGCGAGGUUGGGGGCGUGGGGAUGUAUGGAUGAGUUUAAUCGGCUGGAUGAGAGUACAAUGUCAGCCAUAUCGCAGCACCUGGUGGCGAUUCAGGGAGCGCUGAAGGAGAGGAGGGGGACGGCUGUACUGGCCGGGGCUGCUGUGCCCGUGCACCCUGCUACUGGCAUAUUCGUGACGCUCAACCCGCGGUAUGCAGGCAGGGACCAUCUACCCGAGAGCCUGUCGGCUCUCCUUCGCCCUCUCACCGUCGCCACCCCCGAUGCAUGUGCCAUCGCUCAUGUGACUCUGCUGUCGUGCGGUUUCUCACACGCGGAGAGAUUGGCUGAUGCUGCCACACGCAUAUUCCAGGAGUCAGAGCAGCAAAUGGCUCCCCAGCCCCAAUACGACUUCAGCCUGAGAGCCCUUAAAGCCGCUCUCAAGUCUGCUAGAUCCGUAAUGCUCGCACAGACUGCGAUAGAGGGGGGUUCGAUCAAGGCUGCGAGUAAGCAGAGGGACGAAGGGGGGGAGGAGGCUUGUGAGGGAGAGAGGGAGGGGAAGGACGGGGAGGGGAGACGUGAGGAGAAGGGAGGAGAGGGAGAGGAGGGGGAGGGGGAGGGAGGGCUGGAGGAGGAGGAGAAUGGGAAAGCGGAUGCACGGGAUCGGGAGGAGCAGGAGGAGCAGGAGGGGCAGGAAGGGCAGGAAGGGGAGGAUGAGUUUUAUGAGGCAGAAGGUGGAGCGGAAGGGGAGGAGGAGGAGGAGGGGAAGGAGGAGAGGAAGGAGGAGAGGAAGGAAGAGGAGGAGGGGGCGAACAGCGAGGAUGAACAAAAGGAGACCCUUUUGGGUCUGGAGGUGAAGAAAUCAGAGGAGGAAAAGGAGGAGACAGAGGAGACGGUGCAAAGAGUGGAAACAGAAGCGGGAGAGGAGGAGGGAGAGGAGGGCAGAGUGGAGGAAGAGGAGGGGGAGGAGGAGGAAGACGACGAUGAGGCCCACCGUGCGCUGAGAUGGCCUCUGGAGUCCCGCUCCCUCGUGCAGGGCAUCUUCGGCCAGCUGGCAGCCAAGCUGGCGCCUGCUGACGUGGCAACCUUCCGCGGCGUGGUUUCCCGGAACCUUCCGGACGUGGCUGUGGAGGAGACGGGCGAUGCUGAGCUGGCGGCGGCGGUGGAGGCGGUGUGUGAGAGGGAGGGGUACGUGGCGAGCUGUGAUUGGACGAGGAAGGUGCUGCAGAUUGCGAGGCUGAUGGAGCUGCACCAGGGGAUCAUGCUGGUGGGGCCGCCUGCUGGGAAGACGACAGCAUGGAGAGUGCUGAGGAAGGCAAUAGAGGCAUCGCAAGGCGUGCAGGUGUCAGUGACAGUCGUGGAUCCCAAGAGCCUUUCCAAGGAAGCGCUGUUUGGGAGUGUGGACCCAACUACUAGGGAGUGGCAGGACGGGGUGUUCACUAGAGCGCUUAGGGAUGUGGUGAGGGGAUAUGAGGAGGAGAGGGAGCGGGAGACGGAGGGAGGGAGUGUGGUGGAAGGGGAGGAAGAAGAGGGCGUGAGGGAUGGGAGGGAAGGGGAGGGGGAGGAGGAAGAUGGAGUGGGGGUGCAGCGUGUGCAGCAAGGGCCAGGGGGCAAGGCGUGGAGGCGGCUGCACUGGUUUGUGUUUGAUGGCGAGGUGGACCCCAUCUGGAUCGAGACGCUCAACUCGCUGCUGGACGACAACAAGGUCAUGACACUGCCCACAGGCGAGCGUUUGCCCCUUCUCCCCCACGUGCACUGCAUAUUCGAGUGCCCCUCUCUCGCCCACGCCACCCCCGCCACCAUCUCUCGCCUCGGCGUGGUGUGCUUCCCGCCCUCCCUCCUCUCCACCCCCAUGCUCCUCAACCGCUUCCGCUUCCUCCUCCCCCCGAUGCCCUUCACUCAACCACCUCCCCCAUCCUCCUCCUUCUCCUCCUCCACUCCCCCCCUCUCCUCCACCGUCACCCCCCCCCUUCUCUCCUCUCUUCCCUCUUCUGCAACUCUUGUCCCCACCACCACCACCACCACCCUCUCUUCCCACUCUUCCCACUCUUCCCACUCCUCCCACUCCUCGCUCUUCUCCCCGCCACUCUUCCUCCCCUCCCGCCUCUCCCUUGGGAUUGACGCCCCAGACGAGCAUCUCGUGCUGCUGCCGCCCGGCCUGCCCCAGCCUCUGCUACAGCCGGUGCUGGCUGUGGCGCUGGCCGCGCUACAGCCGGGGGGGCUGCUGCAGCAGGCUCUAGAGGCCGCUGCUGCUGUCAGUGGCGCUGCUACUGCUGCUGCCGCCGCUACAGCUGCCACAGCUACAGGGUCAGCACAGGGAGAAUCCAUUUCCUUUGACUCCAUGCGGGCCCUUCGCUCCGUUUUCCUCUACUAUUGUUACCGAACCUCCGACCUCUGCCGUCCCCCCGCCUCCAGUGCCGAUCCGUUCAAGAGUGACACUCUUGAAACAGGACGCAGUAAGGGUUCUGAGGGGACCCAGAAGGGUGGCGCUGAGUGGCAGGUAGUGGUGGUGCAGAGGUUUGUUAGAAAGGCCAUGGUAGAAUCGACUAUGGCAGGGGUUGCAGGGGGCAUGGAUUCCGCCUCUCGCUCUGCCUUUGCGCACCGGCUGGCAGGUAUUCUGACAUCUGAGGGGUUAGUAAAGGAUGACGUGGCCUGUCGUGCCACGUCAGAGCAGCUGCUGAGCUGUUUUGCUGACGUGGCGAGCGGGCAUUGGAAGCCGUGGGAGGCGGCUCUGCCGGGAGUGGCGGAUGCUGAUGCUGCCGUUGGGGGCUGUUUUGGAGAUGAGGAGGUGGAGGAGGGAGAGGAGGGAAGUGAGGAGGAAGAGGGUAGAAGCAGCAGUUUUAAAAGGGGAAAUUCCAUCUCUGGUCGAAGCGUUGGCGCGGCGAAGCAGAGCAAGCAUGCAACGGAUACAGGAAAGGCCGGGAGAACAAGAAGAGGAGGAUCAGGACGGGUAGGAGCAGCAACAGCAGCAGGAUCAGCAGCAGGGGCAGGAGGGGGAACAGGAGGGGGAGUAGACUCAACUACAGUGAUUCCCACAGCAGAGACAGAGCGGUUGGCAGCGGUGAUAAAGGCCAGCCUGGCCCAAUCACAGCCCAUCCUGCUCUGCGGCCCGCCCGGAAGCGGGAAGACCCUGGCGCUGACAGCUGUCGCGCAGGCGUUGGCUGCUGCUGGGGCGGACGAGGCACAGGCGGCUGCUGCUGCUGCCGCUGCUGCAGCUGCUGCUGCUGGUGGGAUGGGGAUUAAAGGACAGGUGAAGGAUGGGAAGGUGACACUUCUGCAACAGCAGCAGCAGCAGCAGCAGCAGACGGGGAGUAAGCAACCGGCAGAAGGGGCGUCGGCAGCAGCAGCAGCAGGGCCGAAGCUCCACGUGGCAGCUUUUAACUUGUCGCUGUCGACGUCACCCGAGUCGUUUAUUGCUGAGCUGGAGCAGCACUGCCAAUACGUGAAGCUCCCUGCUGGUACCAGUGGUGGCUUUUCAGCAUCGGGGCCCUUUGAUUCGGAGCACAAGCCACCUGCAUCAACAACAUCCGAGCACCAAGCUGCAUCAGCAGCAGCGGGAGGAGGGGCAGCAGUAGCAGCAGCAGCAUCGACAUCAGCAGCAGCAGCAGCGGCCGCUGCACCCAGCAUCAACUGGGCUCUAGAGCCAAAGGAGCCAGUGCCUGCGGACGGCCGUCUGCUGCUGCUCCUAGACGAAGUCAACCUGCCCGCCCCCGAUGCGUUCGGAACCAUCCGCAUGGCCGGCCUCCUUCGGCAGCUAGCGGAGCCGCAGCUGAUUCCCCAGACGCCGGGGCAGCAGUAUGGACGCAGGGGGGGUAGGAUCGGUGGUGGUGGUGGUAGUGGGGGGAGAAGCAGCAAUGGCAGUACGCACCCUGGUAGUAGCAGCAGCAGUGGUAGCAUUGGUGGUAGCAGUGGUGGUGAUGGGUAUGCGUAUGGGUUCUGGCAUCCCAAGCGGCGUGUUUGGGUGCAGCUGAGGCGGGUGUCAUUUGCAGCCACGUGCAAUCCGGCCUCAGACGUGGGGAGGCAUGAACUGCCCGUGCGGCUCACUAGACACCUCACCGUUGCUCAUGUGCCGUUUCCAUCGGGCGCUGCUCUUGAGAGGAUCUACAGCACGUUUAUAAGGGGGAUAUUGUCCCGGCACGCCCCUGCUCUUGCUGCGUCUACUCCUGCUUCUCCAUGUGCGGGGCCUGCUGCCCACGCGGCCCCUCAGGCGGAUCCUCAGGUGGUUUCUCAGGUGGCGGCCAGCUUGGCAGCGGCCAUGGUGGAGGUGUAUGAAGCGUGUGCGUCGCGCUUCACCCGCUCGGUGCAGCAGCACUACGUGUGCAGCCCCAGGGAGCUCACCCGGUGGACCCGGGGUAUCCGAUUCGCCCUGGCGCACGGGCAGAAGGGGAGCAGCAGAAGUGUGGGUGUGAGGGGAGAGGGUGGGGCGGGUGGGAAGAGUGGGAAGAGUGAGAAGGGGGGAAAGGGUGGGAAGGGUGGUUUGGGUGCCACUGCUGGUCGGAGCGUUGGUCCGGGUCCGAACCUGAGUGCAGGUCCGGGCAUGGGUGGAGGUCUGGGUGGUAGUGCUGGUUCCGGGGCUGCGGCUGUGGCUGCUGGUGGGGAGGGCAGCUGGGCGGCGAGUCUUGUCCUGACGUGGCUGCAUGAGGGGCUGCGGAUCUGGUAUGACAGGCUGGUGGGGGAGGAGGAGAGGGAGUGGACGGCGAACUUACUGCUGCGAGUCGCCAGGGAAAAGAUACUCCCAGGGUUCUUACCCCUUGUAGGAGACACUGCUCCUGCUGCUGCAUCUGAAUGUUCUGCUGAUUCUAUUCUGACGCUACCUGCCGACCCGAGCCAGUUGGUGUUUUCGUCUCUUCUGACUGGCCGGUAUGAGCUGUGUGCAGUGAGCCACCUGAGAAAGCACCUGAAGUGGGCCCUGACAGGGGAGGCUCCAGAUGCUGCAGGAGGGGCGGGUGCUGGCCAGGUGAAGAAGGCAGGUGUUUCUUCAGGUGCUAUGGCAGGACGGGGAGUGAAAGCACUGAAGGGGGCAUCGUCAGGGGAGGCGGAAUCAGGGGAGGCAGAAUCAGGGGAGGUGGAAGCGGGGGAGGUGGUACUGACGGAUGAGUGUGUGUGUGCGGUGGUGCGAGCAGCCUCGGUGCUGCAGCAGCCGAUGGGGCAUCUGCUGCUGCUCGGCCCGCCAGCUACUGGGAAGUCGACCGUUGCCAGGGCUGCAAUCACUGUGUCAAAUCUGCUGGAGGUACGGGUGGCACUGCACGAAGGGUUCGGGGAGAGCCAGCUGGACGGCCCACUGGAGGAGGCUCUGUGGGCGGCAGGGUGCGACGGGCGGCGCGUUUGUCUUCUUCUGGAGGAGGCUCAUCUGGUGGAGAGCGCAGUGCUGGAGAGGCUCAAUGCGUUGCUUACUGGGGGGGACGUGGCAGGGCUGUUCGGGGCGGAGAAGCAGCAGGAGCUCCACGAGGCUCUUCGUUCGGCUGCCGAGGCUGAGGGAGGUUUGGUCCGAAGCGAGGAGGAGGCCCUGGCGGGCUUCCGAAGGAGACUCCAGGCCAACCUGCAUGUGAUUCUCACGAUGACCAGCCAGGGCUCGGCUGACAUGCGCCAGAGAAUGCUGGCUUCCCCCGCGCUGUUCAAUCGGUGCACGGUGCACUGGCUGGCGCCGUGGGGUGAGAAGGCGCUUGCUCCGCUCGCCCGUUCGCGGCUCUCGGGUCUUUCACUCGUCCACCCUGUUGGGGCAGCAGCAGCAGCUGAUGGUGGUGCUGGUGGUGACGGUGCUGGUGGUGGUGGUGCGGGUGAUGGUGGUGCUGUGGAGGCGAAGGAGAGGCAGUUGCUAGCAGAUCUGCUGGUGGCGAUUCAUGGCAGCGCUGUCAGUGCUGUUAGCGAGUCACUCAAUAGCAAGGCUUCGGGGAAGGGAGGGCUGGGAGGGAACCAGCAAGAGCAGGCAGACCAGCAGCAGCAGCAGGGGGCGCAGCAGCAUGCCUUCUCUGCGGAUUCCCUCAUCUCCCUCCGCUCCUUCUCCGACCUCCUCGCCCACUUCCACUCCUCAGUAUCCCACUCCCACCGCCGCGCAAACCGCUCCUUCCAGCACCUCUCUCUCGGCCUCACCAAAGUCACCGCGGCAGAGCAAAGAGUCGUGCUUCUCCGCCGGCACUUAGAGCUCAAGUCCAAGGAGUUAGUGGUGAAAGAGGCAGCCGCGAACGGGAAGCUACAGCAGAUAGCGGCGGAGCAGGCGCUGGGGGAGAGGCAGAGGGCGGAGGCGCAGGGGCUGAUUGCCAGGCUGGACGAGCAGGCGAGGAGUGUGGAGCGUCAUCGGAGGGAGGCGCAGGAGAAUUUGGAAAGGGUUGAGCCGGCGGUUGACGCGGCGAAAACGGCUGUGAAGUCGAUACGGAAGUCGCAGCUGGAUGAUUUGAAAGCCAUGCCCAACCCGCCCAGUGCGAUAAAGCUGACGUUGGAGGGAGUGUGCCUGCUGCUCACGGGCUCUAAGCCCACCACGUGGCAGGGGAUACUCUCAGUGGUGCGGCGCAACGAUUUUAUCCCCUCUAUACUGGGAUGCGAUAUGGAGGCCAUAGACCCCAGCCUGGUGCUGCGGGUGAAGCGAGAGUACCUGGAUGCCAGGCUCAUCUCCUUCGACACUGUCAACAGGGCAAGCAAGGCGUGUGGCCCUCUGUUCUCGUGGCUGGAGGCAGCGGUGCAGUACGGGGAGAUCCUGCGAGCUGUGCAGCCAAUGAGGGACGAGAUGGAGCAGCUGGAGGGCGAGGCGGGCAACAUGGCGGAGGAGCUGCAGCACGUGCAGGAGUCCAUUGGUUCACUAGAGCACCGCAUGGCAGCAUGCAAGGACGAGCACACGCUCCUUCUAUCCGCAUGCGAGGCCAUGCGGGCCGACAUCCACCAAUCAAAGCUCGCCAUGCAGCGAGCAGCCAGCCUCGUCAAGGACUUGACCUACGAGCGCGACCGGUGGAAGAAACAGCGGGAGAUGCUUAAGAGCCGUGCCGCCGCGUGCUUAGGCGACGCUUUGCUAAGAGCUGCGAGUCUGGCGUAUCUGGGACCGCUGGAGCUGGCGGAAAGACAGCGGCUUUUAGCAAAGUGGCAGGAGCUGGUUGCUUCUCGGGGGUUAAAGAUCUCGAAAGUAUCUGCUCAGAGUGGGGAGGUGGAUUUGCACAGAUUUGGGGAGAGAGGAGGGGAGGAGAGUGAGGAAGGGUGGGGAGGGGUGGAGGAGGAUGAGGAGGUGGAGGAGGAGAGGGCGAAGUGGGAGGCGAUGGGGUUACCACAGGACGAGUACGCGUUACAGAAUGCAGAGUCGGUGCUUAAGUGCCGCAGGGUACCUCUACUUGUGGACCCUUCUGGUCGUAUGGUCGAUUUCCUCAGGCGAGUUCUCUCCACCCCUGCUGCUACAACCGAGCCUGCCACAGCCGAAGAUGCCAAACCUGCUACAGCCGCUUCUGCUACAGCCGGCGCCAGGUCUGGUGCUACUGAUUCUGGUGCAGAUGUGGCAGAUGUGGCAGAUGUGGCAGAUGUGGCAGAUGGAACAGGGGAUUGCAAGGGGCCAGGGGAGGAGAAACGGGAGGUGGGAGUGGUGUGUGUGAGUGCUCAGGAGCAGGAGAGUGUGCUAGCACGUGCAGCAGAGAAGGCAGUCAGAUUUGGCCUACCGUUGAUCCUCCGAGACGUCUCUCACAUGAGCUCUAUACUCUCCUCCCUCCUCCUCUCCUCCCACUCCCUCCUCUCCUCCCCGUCCUCCCCUCUCUCUUCACAUCCUUUCUCCCUCACUCCCUCCCUGUCCAAACUUCGAUUGCUGAAUCGAGAAAUCGAUGUGGCCCCAUCCUUCCGCCUGUUCCUUACGACCGAAUCGCUCCUCCCUCCUCUCUCCCCCUCGCUCCUCUCCAAAACCGCGGUGGUUACCACCGGCAUCUCGCCCUCGUGGCUGCGUCAGCACCUGCUCAGCCGCGUGAUUGGCCGGGAGCGCGCUGACGUGGCGCAGCAGCGGGACCGGGCAGCGGCGCUGCAGGAGAGAUGCCGCAGGAGAUUGCGCCAGCUGGAGGGGCGGCUGCUCGAGGUGCUAACGUCACCGGAGGAGGAGGGGAAAGGAGUGGGGGGUGUGGCAGCGGGAGUGGGAGGAGUGGCAGGAGGAGGGGGAGGGGGAGGAGGAGGGGGAGUGGUAACCGGGGUAACAGCUGUUACGCCUGCUCGUGUUGCUGGCGGGGUUGGUGGUGCUGGUGGCGCUGCCAGCACCCCUCCUACUUUCAGCAUGUAUGGUGGAUUGAAACGACCAUCAGCAGCAGCAGGAACACCAACAACAACAGCAGCAGCAGCAGCACAAACACCCACUGCCUCUCUCCCUUCCCGCGCUCUUGAUUCCCCGAUCCCCACACCCGCCCCUCUCCCCCCGGUCAUGGACGAUUCCACAGUCUCACAAACCCUAGCUCAGAUAAAAAGGGACGCAGCAGCAGUCAAGGCCAAAGCCAGCGAAGUCCGGCAGGUAAUGAGACAAGUCGACGCUGUCCGGACGCUCUACGCGCCGCUGGCGGACGUCGGAGCGGCGGCUUUUUUUGUCCUGUCUGGAGCGGCUGCUGCCCUGCAGCAGCCACUGUACAGAUUCUCUCUGGAUUUCUUCCUGAGGGCGUUUGAUGAUGCGAUCGCGGCAGCAGCAGUUGAAGCAACAGCGGUUGCGGAUGCAGAGUCCGACAGCGCAGUAGCUGUGAACCCAAGGGUGCGGCUGCUGGUUGCAGCGGUUCUGAGUGAGCUUAUAACGAGGACAGCAGAGGCCACAGAGUACUGCCACCACCUGCCAGUGGCCCUCGCUCUCUCCCGCUGCGCCAGGCUGGCAGAUGACGUGGAUUGGGUGGGCUUGGCCACUAAUGUAGCAACAAGGUUUGCCACAGGAAUGGGCACAAAAACGGGUGUUGACUGCACAGAGUCUGCUGUAACAGCAGCAGUAUCAGGAAAAGCAGCAAGAGAUAUUUCAGCAGCAGUGAAUGAGGAGCUGAAUCGUGCUACUGCAGCGUCUGUAGUUGGUGACAAGGCGGCUUAUAACGAGGGGGUUUAUAACGAGUCAAAGGCUGGUCACUGUGCUGCACUGGAGGCGGUGGUUGGGUUUGUGGAGUCAACGGCAGUCAAUGCAGGUCAAAUGGACAUCGCCGGUCGACAGCUGGUGGAAGCUGUUAUCAGUCAGGGGGGUAGCAGUGCUGCUUUGGUCGAUAGCAGCACUGCCAAGGGUCGGAUAGGGAUAGAGCACCCCAUGGAGCACCCUGCCGCUGCGGCUCGGUUCAUGCAGGCUCGGGCCGAACCUGCUCGCCCGAUCCUGGUGGCCUGCGUUGGCAGCUGUGACCCAACUGCCAUGCUCACUGCAGCAGCUGCUGCUACAGCCGCUGCCGCCUCUGCUACAACCGCUGCUGAUACUACUGCUACUGGUAGAGUAGUUGCUGUAGCCAUGGGGUCAGACGAAUCAGUGGCAGCAGCGCAGAGGGCGGUGGAGGUAGGUGCCUGGAAGGGCCGGUGGGUGGUGCUGUGUAAUGCGCACCUGGCUCUCUCGGUGCCGAGGCACGCUGCAUGGCUACAGCUGCUGCUCAACUCGUUACAGUCACGUGCAGUUGCUGUCACUGGGGGUGACAGAAAGUGCCUAGACCAGCAGCAGCAGCAGGUGGCGUUGCACCCUGACUUCCGGCUGGUCUUGACAGUGGAGGCAGCGGGGGCAGCGGUGCGCCUGAUGCCGCCUAAGCUGGUGGAGGCAUGCGAUGUGCUCGUGAUGGAGGCACCGGCUGGCGUCAAGGGGAGCAUGCAGAGAUCUCUGGAGUCUAUUCUUGCUCUCGCUGCCAGAAGCGACAGCCCGACGAGCGAGGGGCAGAGAGGAGGGGGCACGGACAAGACAGAGAGGAAGGGGAGGGGGGCACCCAGCGAGGGAGACGGGAGGCGGAUGGUGGAUAAGAAGGAGAACGGGCCGAAGCUGCGAGUGUGUGCGGGUGAGGAGAAGAGGCGGCAGCGGCAGCAGAUGCUGCGGGUGCGAGUGGGCAUGGCAUGGGUGCAUGCGGUGCUCCAGGAGAGGGUGCACUACGUACCAAGGGGAUGGCUUUGCCCCUACACCUUCAUGGACCAUGAUCUCACCUGGGCGCUUUCUCUGCUGCAAUCCUGGCAGGCGGACAACCCCGCCCACCUCACUCCAACCAACUCCCUCCCGGCGGUGCAAACCCUCCUCCUCGACAUAGCCUAUGGGCUCAAGAUGGAGUCCCCUGCGGAUUACUGCACUCUCUCCCGAAUCGUCUCCCAUGUGUUUGGCGAUCCCAAGGCUUUCUUCUCCUCAGGGUUUCCACUCUCUCUCGCUCCUGCUGCUGCUGCUGUGGCUGUGGGUAGUGGUGAUUCGACUGCUGGUUCUGCGGCAGUUGUUUCCGGUGCUGGCACUGGUGGCGGUGCUGCUGUUGCUGGUGAUGUGGUAACCAGUGUGCCGGUGUUACUUCCCCUACCUGACGAGGAUACCGAGGAGGCAUAUAUCAGCUGGGUCCAAUCGCUGCCUGCCACGUGUCCACCUCAGUGGUUGGGGCUGAAGGCUGGCGAGGACAGUGUAAGGUACGCUAAGGAGAGCGCGCAGGUGCUCAAAGCCACACUUGGAUUGAUGAUGGGAAUGGCAACUCAAUAAGGAGGAUGAAAAGCAAUGUCCGCAUUUCGGAGCUCGUCUAGACUUCUAGUGUGCUUAUUUAGCAGCGUUGCUCUGGGUUUCGUCUUGGUAUGCCAGAGGGCAAUCAAAUACGUAGUGACGAAUUGACGACUCUUGGUAUCCUUUGUAUGAGUUUAGGAAUAGUGCAAUCCACCUUUGGUGGUGACUGAUACA